AUGUCUAGGGAUAACUUUUCUUGUUUUUUUCUUGUUCUUCUGCAUUGUUUUGGUUCUUUUUUAUUUAUUUAUUUCUUCUUGUUGUUUCUUUCUUUUUCUUCUUCUUUCUUUUUCUUUUUCUCCUUUCUUUUUUCUUCUUCUUUUUCUUCUUCUUCUUCUUUUAUUCUUCUUUGUUCUUUCGUCUUAUUUUUUCUUUCUUGUUAUUAUUCUUUUUCUUUCUUUUUCUUCUUUCUUUCUGUUGUUUCUUUUUUUCUUCUUUUUUCUUCUCUUUUAUUAUGCUUGUUCUUCUUUUUUUCUUCUCUCUUCUUCUUUCUUAUUAUGCUUGUUCUUUCUUCCUUUUUUCUUAUUUUUUUUCUUUUUCUUCUUUCUGGUCUUAUUAUUAUUCUUUCUUUCUUUUUCAUCUUAUUAUCCUUCUUCUUAUUCUUUUUCUUUCUAUCUUUCUUAUUCUUCCUUAUUUUUCUUUCUUUCUUCUUCUUGUUUUUUUCUUUUUUCUUUUUCUCUUUCUUUCUUUUCCUUCAUCUUCCUUUAUCCUUCCCUUGUUCUAUAUACCUCACUAUUUUUUCUCUCUUCUCGUUGUUCUUUCUCUCUCUCUCCUUAUCAUUUUCUCUCUCUCACAUUAUAAUUCUUUUCCUCACUCUUCUUUUUCUUCUUUUCUUCUUUCUCUCCUUUUUGUUCUUUUCCUCUUUCUCUCCUUUUUGUUCUUUUCUUCUUUCUCUCCUUUUUCUUCUAUUCCUUUCUCUCUCCUUUUUGUUCUUUUCUUUACUCUUUCUCUCUCCUUUUUGUUUUUUUUUCUUUACUCUCUCUCUCUCCCUUUUGUUCAUUUCUCUCUCUCUCCCUUUUGUUCAUUUCCCUCCUCUCCUUUUUGUUAUUUUCUUUCUCUCUUCUUUUUGUUCUUUUUCUUUCUUUCUCUCUCUCCUUUUUGUUCUUUUUCUUUCUCUCUCUCUCCUUUUUGUUCUUUUUCUUUCUCUCUCUCUCCUUUUUGUUCUUUUUCUUUCUCUCUCUCUCUUUUUUGUUCUUUUUCUUUCUCUCUCUCUCUCUCCUUUUUGUUCUUUUUCUUUCUCUCUCUCUCUCCUUUUUGUUCUUUUUCUUUCUCUCUCUCCGUUUUCUUCUUUUUUUUUCUUCUUUUUUUUUUCUCUCUCUCCUUUCUAUUUCUUUUUUUACUCUGUCUCUUUAAUUUAA